AUGGGGAAGCCUCUCGCUCCACUCGCUGAAGAGCCAAAGGCCACAGAAAAGACCACAAGCCAACUCAUCCCCUACUGCGGAGAAGAGAUGCAAGAGGACAAGAAGACGAAGGUGAAGAAGGGAUCGCUCACCGUGAGGGUGGGUCUCGAGGACGGAGAAGACGGUGGUGGCACUCGUAAGUUCGUCAUCCCUAUCUCUUACCUCUACCACCCCCUCUUCAAGCGCCUUCUCGAGUCGGCUCAGGAGGUCUACGGCUACCACUCGUCGGGGCCGCUCAAGCUUCCCUGCUCCGUCGACGACUUCCUCCAUCUCCGGUGGCUUAUCGAGAGGGAGUCGUCGCACCGCUCUCACCAUGGCGUCCACCACUCCUUCUCCUUGCACUCAUGCUGA